AUGUGUAAUUUGUUGACCGUUCCAAUCACCGCAUACACCAGCGUUCCAGCCAAAGCCCCUAUCUCAGUCGAGGGCAUUCCAGGCAACACCAUCUCCAAUGUCAAGGGCACUGAUGGUAAGGGUUACAUUGACUUUUUUAAGCAGAGUUUAAGAUAAAAUGGCAUGAAAAUUUGAGACUAAGCCUAAAAUGGCUUACGAGGUGAAAAAUAAGCCUAACUCAACAAAAAAUUAAAAAAUUAAGCCACAAAAAGCAUGUUAAGCCUAAAACAAAAAAAAUUGUUUUAAUCCUAAAAUUUAAUAAAAAGCUUAAUUUUAAGCCUAAAAACCGCUAAAAUUCUUAAAAUUUUAUUCUUUAAAUCGUAUUUUACAAAAACUCCGCAAUUUUCAGGCAAACCAGUAGCCAGUGCUUCACUGCUCAGAAUCUCUCACAACUUGGCCUACUUCUCACUGAUCAACUUGGACUCAGUUGUGGCUCAGAAGGCUGUCACGGUCUCCACUCCAGAAGACGAUCCUCUCAACUUGGAAUUGGGCGAGGUUUAUGUAAGUUUAAAAUGGUAAAAUUUUUGGUUUUUUGAGUCAAAUUUAGAUUGUUCAAAUAAUUAUGAGCUACCUCAUAAGGCAAAUUUCGUGGUUGGGUGGCGCAGAGUUUUUUGAACAAUUAAUGGGGUUUUUGGUAAAAGUGGGUAGACUUUGAUAGAUCAUAGGUUGAUUGAUAAUUGAUAGUUUGGCUUAAAUUUUUUUGAUAAGGUAGAGUUUAUUACUCCGUAUAUUACUGUAUGUUCACUUUUUUGACAUUCUUUUUAAGUUUUGAAAAAAAUGGUAAAAAUAGCCGUUUUUUGAGAAUUUUAGCAGUUUUUGAUCGAUUUCAAAGCAAAUUUUAAAGUUUUGAACUAAAACAAAACAGUAUAAUAUAGCUUAAGGCUUUUAAAUUUAAAUUUUUAAACCAACUUUCCCAACUUCUCCCUUCCAGGACGCCCUCCCCUUCCGCCACCACUACCCCGUCUACAUCCAGGUCCACUACAACAACCCCGAGCGCCUCGUCCUCGAGCACUUGCUGGACAACUUGGCCGAAACCGUGUUGGGUCGCAACAACCUGGAACUCAAAAAGAAUGUCACGAUUGAUCUCUACGACUCGGACGGUGAUGCCCACUUCAGAGAUCGGCUCGGAUUCUUCGUUUCGGAUCGAAAACAGUUCCAUCAGAUCACCGUGUCCGCUUCUGAGGCUGCCAAAGUGCUGAAGAAAGAUUCGGGUAGGGUUUUUUAACUUUUUGGGGGUUUGUAGGGUUGAGAGGGGUAAUUUUUUGAAAUUUUUUAAAAUUAAAAAAAAAUUUUAAUUUUAAAAUUUUUUGAAAUUUCAAAAAACUUUGAAAAAUAUAAAAGUUAAAGCCAUAAUAAUGCCAUUUUUCAAUAUUUAAAGUUAUCUUCAAGCCAUUUUGAUCCAUUUCGAGCCCUCUUCAUGCCUUUUUUUGCCCCCCCCCCUGAUAAUGGUACUUUUAAUGACAACCCCUCCCGGAAGUGGACUUUGUUCUAUGUCUAACGCAACAUGCACUUUGAGUGACAUUACUUAACUGACCACAAAAUAUAGAUUACUGCAAACCAGUUUUUGGAGGGGUUUUAUUACUUUUUGUCAUCAAAAAACGACAAAAUUUAUGUUUUCCCAUCGAAAUUUAUGUUUUUCAAUGGAAAUUUAUGAUUUUAGGUAUGAAAUUUAUGUUUUUAGCGUUUGAAAAGUGUAAGAAAAUGAAGUUUUGUUAAGGAGAACCAGAGAUCUUUUAAUGAAAAAGUGCGUUAGAAUGAGGAAAAAUGCCAUUUUUGAUUUAACUGUUACCUAAAAAUCACAAAAAUUAGAAUCAUCAUGACAUUUUUUACCUAAAAAUCCCAAGAAAACACCAAAAAAACUUGAUAUUAACCACAAAAACUACCAAAAACAUCAUAUUAACCACCAAAAAACCCUCAAAUUUUCAGCCUACAAAGUGGAAAAGUUCAGUCCAUCAGCUUUCCAAGACCUGGUCGAAUUCGACAACACUCUAUCUGGCCAAACCCGCGACGACUAUCUGGAAGCCAUGACCAAGAAAGUCCAAGUCUUCGUGAUCAAACCAGCCAAAGCCGUGGUUGUUGAUGAGGACGAGAAGAAACCGCUGAAUCUGUCAGGCUACGCCUUCGUACACGGCGACAGAAUCCUCAGCUUGGUCGCCGAUUCAUCGGAAGUCGCCGAAACGCUGUUGGCCGGCGUUUUGGAAGCCACCAAGAACAAACAGGUAGGUAUUGGGGUAGUAUUGGGGGUAUUUAGGGAAUCCUUCACUGAUUGUUAGAGUUAGGUGUGUUUAAGCUGGUUUUUCACCCACGCCCUGGCUGAAAAAGUGGAAAAUUCUUACAAAACCCUGUAGGCAAGACUCUUCUUCAUCAUUGCUGUAAAUUUCUUAUAAAAAUAUUCAAAAACAACAAAGUUAUAUUCAAAAUAACAUUAUUUUUCAUCUUAUUUUAGGGAUUCGCUUGAGUUUAUGCCAUUUUUCAUUAAAACUAGCCCAAAAAUUCCCCUAAAAACUAUACCACUAACUUUCUCAUACCUUAAUGCAUCUAAACUACAAUAUUUUCCUUUAAAGUCACAAAAAACUACCAAGUUAUAAUCGAAAAACGGCCAUUUUAUUGUAAAACCGAAUGACCUUUCGGCCUUUUCGCAAUACAGAGCGCUUCUCUUUCGUCUCGCCUCCGUGCUGGGAUGGCCGAGUGGUUAAGGCGGUGGACUUAAGUUCCCCUGGGCGUCAGCCCGCGUGGGUUCGAACCCCACUCCCAGCAACUCACUUUUUGCUCGAGUUGUUGAGAUUUUUAGCUGGGGUAGGGGUGGAAUAAGGUUAUGGGGUGUAGUGUAAGACGGUUUCUAUUGUUUUAUUUUGAUAAUCAUGAUGUUUUAGCCUAUAAAAAGCAAUAAAAACUACUAAAAAUAGUAAUGUUUUACAAAAUUGCACUAGUUUUUGCCAUUUUUAAUCGUACCCUCUUUACAGUUCACUUUGGCCGGCCCAUUGAGCCACUUCCGUCAACUCACCGACCUGCCCAGCACCAAAUCUCGCUCCAUCUAUCGUCGUCACACUCGUGCCGUGCCAGCCAACGUGAAAUGGGACCGCAUCUUCGCCAUGAACGUCGGCAUCAACCUUUUCUAA